AUGGAUCUGCACGACCAGGAAAUCUACGAGCGGGCGAGUGUAAACGUUAGUGUAAUUCUUAAUGACGACAUAAAAGAGGAGAUAAUAGAAAAUUUAAAGCAAAAUAUGAAGGACAGGAAUGUGAAAAUAAGCAGCUACGAUUAUGAUAGUAUUUACAAAAUAAAUUCUUUUGCGAGUGAGGUGGCAGAUGGGGGCGAGGGGGGAGGUGGACAUGCCAUGUUGAUGAACCCCUGGCUGCAAAAGAUGAAGGUGGCUACGUCUGUUGUGAUAUUUUGCGUCGACUGGCAGGGAAUUGCUAAUGAGGAGGGGCAAGACAGGGACCCAACUGGGGAGAGUCCUUCCGUGGAGGUCCCCGACCAGGUCGAUCCCGUCCAGGUGGACCCCGUCCAAUCGGGUGAAUCUGAGCUCGUCCGUGCUUGCGUGCAGAAUGCAGCCUUCAUGAGUCAAGUGAACAAAGACCUGAUGAAGCGAAUAGAAGAAAUAAACACAAUAAUUAUGAAGAGGAAGAAAAUCUGCAAAAUUAUUGUGUUGGUCAUUCUGCCAGAGAAUACACAAAACACAGAACAGUACAUCAAAUAUAUUAGCCUUUUAAAUUCUAAAAACAUCAGCGCGAUUUUUAUCACAUUAGGGCUGAAGGAGAUACAUAAUAAAAUUAAAAAGUUAGAAAAUCUUCUUAGGGAUUGUAUUAAUGCCUUUUUUAAGGAACACAUAAUAAGCUUCGAGAGAAAAAGUGGACAAAACAUACUCACUUUUUUUAAUUAUAAUUUUAAGAAGGCAUAUGUUUUGGAGAUUUUAGAAAGAUAUGAUGAGAGUAUGAAGAUUUAUGUGAAUUUAUGUAAAGUUUUCUAUGAACAUGCAGGUGAAAAUACAUUUCCAGAUAAGCUGACCUUUUUCAAGUAUGUUAUUUUUUUCAACUCAGUUAGUAUUCGGAUGAUAUACAUUUAUUUAUUUUUUAAAGAUUUUAAAAAGGCAAUUCAUCAUAUUUAUACUCAUAAUAAAAUCAUUUACUUGGCAUUGAUGCGGAGGGAGGAAGAAGAAGGGGAUGCAGAAGAGAAAGAACAAGAGGGUGUAGGAGAUAUACCCAAGGGUGGAGGGAGACUUUCCCAGGUCAUUUCCAUGUAUGGAAUAACGGGUUGCUCUGAUUUGGUUACUUCGUUGAAGUGUUGGGAUAACGUCCGAGGAGAGACACCCAAUGGAGGAGAAAACCACCCGACAAAUGAGAGUGUUCACCUCCUGUACGACCUCACGAUGAAGGAGUACCUAUACUACAACCUGCUGUCCUGCAUCUACCUCUAUUUUUACAGAAUUGUAAAAAACAUGAGCAUGAACCCAAAAGACACAGUGUUGUAUGGGAUGUACUGCUGCUUUUGCAUAUAUUAUAUGUUGAAGGCGCGCAGGAAGAGGGACAAAAUUGUGGAUGCCUUUUCUGGUGUCACCCAAUUUGAUAAUUAUUUUAACAUGUGCCCUGUUUCAGUUUUAGAGGACUUUGUUCAGAACUUUUUAAUUGAAAUAUAUACCAUCAUUAGCGAGAAGAAGAUUAGUAAUUUGUUUCGACUGAUCAUUUAUUUUUUGUGUCUGAUUUAUUAUGAAAAAGGGAAUUACCGUUUUUGUUUGUACCUUUUGCUGUCGUUUUAUGGCAGCGAGGAGGAUUCUUCCGUUUUGAGUGCAAUCAGCGCGGCCGCCUUGAGGGAGGGGAUCUGUCCCUUGGACGAGUUGUAUGCGCUAUUGGGGGUGGUAUCGGCUAAGCGGAGCUACGAGCGCACUCGCAACACGCAUACACACGAACCGAUGCUGCUUCUCACGCUGAGUUGCAUGGGCUGCCUGCUGCACCCGGAUAAAUGGGGAAGCACCGCAGACGGAUCUCCCUCGAAAGAAGAACCUCUUAACAUCAAGGAGUACCAACACAUGUUCAUGCAAAUAUGCUUCGAGUAUUUAAACGACCUAAUAAAGAACAAGAAGAAAAGAGAAGAAAAAAAUUUUAUUGAUUUUUUCUGCAAGUAUUGUGAAAGCAUAAAAGGAGAAGAGGUGUUCCCCCCCCUUGCCGAGGAACCACCCACUAUAUCGAUCGGAAACGUUAGUGUAAAGUUAUAUUAUUUGAUUAAGCCUAAUGAGAUUGCCUCCUUUUUAGAAAUAAAAAACGGGACCCAUAUAGAUUUCCCUUUUGCACCUUUUAUCGGAUUCUGUAUCAACAACCAAUUGUCUUUUUAUAAGUUAACCUUUUGUAAUAAAUUUGAUGGAGUUAUUUUUUCUACAGGGGAGGUUGUGAACGACGUUGGGGUGAAUGGCAAAAGUGUGUUGGAGUGGCUUGCGAGGGAGAGUGAGCUGUUUAAGAAGCGUCACCGUAGGAGUGACUCAGAUGAGAACGCCUCUUGGAAGGGGUUCUCCUUGGGGGAAAAGAACCUAUUGAGUUUUUUUUUACCUGGGGGAAAGAAAAACGAAAUAGAAGUUAAUUACGUCGAUCUUUAUUUGAACAUUUCAUGUAACAUUGUUCGGCUGCGAAUUCAUCAAGUUAGUGCAUCCAUUCUGAGGGAGAAGUUCUUGGAGAGAGUUCCCCUGGGGGUGGAACACCAAAUGGUAGGUAGCGUAGAUGAAGAAGAAUCUGCACGGAAAGGUACCCUAAAUAAUGAUGCGAUUGAUGCUCCGUUGGGAGAAACUACCGACAGGGUAAUUGCAACACCACACCCGAAGGAACCAAAAGAAGAAGAAAGAAAAAUCUUCCAAAUAAGAGUCAUCAAGGAGGGGGGAAGGGAAGAAACACAUGCUUAUAAAUUGAAGCAAGGGGUGUACCUCACUGAUUACAUGAACAAAAUUGUACGAAACGAAAAGAGUAAAUUUCUUCAGAAGGCACUAACGAAUUAUGUGCAUUAUUUUGUGCACUGUCGGAACGACGUUCUUUACCUGAACGAAUACAACCCCUUGUACAUUUUUGUGAGGUAUUCUAAAUAUGUGAAAUCUGUUGAGUUUCGUUUUUCUUAUGACUGUGAAGGGGAGGAUCAUUUGGUUGUUUAUUUGUUGACCAGGAAGGACAAUGUUGUGGGGGUCCGUCGGGUCCGCAGAGAUGACAAGGUUGAGUUUUUCGGGGACGGCGAGCAGGUGUGCAGGUUGGUCGAGGGGGAUAUCAGUGGUUGUAGCAACGAUGGUAGCAGCUGCGAUAAUAGUGAUGGCAGUAGCAGUCAGGACGAACUCGAUCAAGACAGCCCCACAGAUGCCAGCCAAACGUGCCCUGGGGAUAACCCGCGGCUAUGUCUCAACAAGGACGAAAUGAAAGAAUUGGUCUUGGACGAGGACCUUCAGGAGUUGCUAUCGCACCGUGCCAGUGGAGAAGUAGACUCCAAGUUAAGCAAUUUAGACAAUGAUGUAUUUUUUUUUCAAGUGGAACAGCAGGGAAACCGUUUGGAUGCUAAGCGCAUCGGGGGAAAACUGUAUGGCAGAAGCAACUUCUGCAACCAGUGCUGCAUGUCAUAUGGAAUGAAAAGGGGAAGAAAAAAUGCGAGUCCACGUGGACCAAAUGGUAGAACAAAUCGAGGAAGAAACGAUUUCCCCUUUUACGCAGGCGUCGAGGAGAAGAUGAUGUGCGUCCCACUCCUUGUCUACCCAACCCGGGGGAGCAAACAAGUGAAUGUCAACUUUGACUUUUCCUUUAAAAGCGCCACCUUCGAGGACCAGCUGAAGUACCCACGGAGGUAUUCCGUGGAGCCGUCCGUCAUAACCAUGGUUACCAGGAUUGACCGUGGAGGGGGCGGUAUUGAAGAAAGGGAGGAGGAAGAAGGAGAAGAAGAUGGUGGUUUGAAAAGGAAUAGUAUGAAUGGGAUCCCCGCGGAGGAGGUUUCCGCUCCUACGUCCACACCGAACGGGUGCCAAGACGACGUGCAAAUUGUAGGUCAUCGUGAGAAGGAACAGACAAGCACCGGGUGGAGGAAGAACGCAUUGCAGUACUACCUAUACAUACACAACAACAACGCGAAUGGAAUUGUCGUUGAUGAAAUAAAGGGAGGAGCAUUCAAAGAUGCCGUGGAGGUAACUCACAAGAGUACCUACUGCAACAUUGUAAAAGAAAACAAUCCAGCAGGGGGUGGUAUUAUAAUAAAGUACCACUUUAAUUUUAAGAACCUUUUUUUCCCUUUUAACAAAAUUUGGGACCAGAUCAUCCGUACACUUGUGGUACAGGUGCCGCCUGCCGAUCGGACAGACGACAGGAUGUACGACAGGGAAGGGCAGUACUACUCCCCAGUGAGCGAGGCGAAGAAAAGCAAAAUAAGGAUAGACCUCCUUUAUGAAAGAACGGCAAAAUGUAAUGAACUUUUUGUCGUCGAAUCGGUGAUUACUAAUGAGACGAACAUCACCGAGGAAGUUAUAAUUUUUUUGUAUGACCGGAAGAGGGCAGGACGUGGUAGAGGGGGGAAAGGGAAGGAAGAAGGUGUUGUCAUGAAAAGCGGUUGGGACGAAUCUAGCAGCGUAAAGAGUAGCAAGAUGUUGAACGAAUUCAAAUUUAAGACUGAACAGGAAUACUAUAAUAAUUAUAAUACAUCUGAGAGUAGCUCCGUUUCUUCUGUACUUUCAUCCGACGACCUGGAACAUUUAAUUGAUCAGGAUAACUACAUGUCCGAUGGCACAAAUGAUGGUUUUAGAAAGAAGACGUAUAUUAUAACAGGGGGUAGGAUAAUGAAGAAUAUUUUACUUCCCUACCAAUCCAUUAGACUUAAAUGGUCCUUCAUUAUUUGUGCGCACGGAUUUGUCACUUUGCCCAGUGUGCUAAUCAAGCGCAAGACCAAGAUAAAGAGCAACGUUAAUGUUUUCGCAUCUGCAAGUGUUGAGUUGUUCGUGGUGUAG